UUCUGGGCUUCUCAGUGAAAAGAGGUGUGGACAAUACUGGAAUGAAUCUAGUCUGUGAAAAUGAUUAAGAUAGUGAAGCACCUCAUACAAGGAGAUGCUAAGACAGCUGGGAGUUGUUUAGCCUCAAAAGCAGAAAGCUUGAUGGGAUAAUCUUGUUGAUGUGUAUAAAUACCUGUAAAAAAGAAACUGCCGGAUUCUUCUUACUGGUGUUAAGUGACAAGACAAAAGGCAGUGGGCCUCAAAUACAGAAUUGCUAUUUAAGCAUAAGAAAAAACUUUUUUUCCAUAAAGGUGAUCGAACACUGGAACAAGUUGCCCAGAGCAGCUGUGGAGUCUCCAUCCUUAGAGAUAAUCGGAACUGGGCCACACACAGUCCAGAGCAACCUGCUAUAGUUAACCUUCCUCUGAGCAGGAGACUACACUAGGUGAUCUCUGGAGGUACCUUCUGACCUCAACCAUGCUGUGACUUUGGUUCUGUGACCUUGCUCCAAAGCCAGGAGGGUCUCCCAGGCCCAGGGUGCCUGCGUUCAGAGCACAGGGAGGUAGUCAGGGGGAGAGUGGUGCCAUAGGUGCCUUAAAAUGUUGCCUUGUAGCUGGCUGGGGGGCUAAAAAACAUUUCUCUGAAAUGGGUCUGAAGCAGCUGGCUGUAGGUCAGAAUGCCAUUGAUGUCCAAGCUUCCUUCCUGCCCGGGUUUCUUGGCUGCACAGAUGAGUGACUUUGCGUCAGAAAUGUCAGUAGGCAUGUGAGGUACUGAGCUCCCUUUGGCUUGCUCUGAGCACACUGCCUGACUAGUAAUCCCUUUUUUGUCAUGGGCUAGCUGUGCUGCUGCCUAAGGAGCAAGUCUGUCUCUGCUGCUACCUCAAGGACUUUCUUCAGUAAGAAGUGAGGCACUCAUCGAUGGCCGAGAGCUCAGCUGUGGCUGCAGCAGCGGCAGGGACAGCGGCACCAGCCAAGCUAGAGGAGCUCCUGGAGAUCACAGCUCAGAGCCUGGUGCGCACCGAGGUGACUGAGCACUAUGAGGUUAUUCGGGAGCUGGGCAGGGGCAAGUAUGGCCACGUGAUGCUAGUGACCCACAGGCAGAGAGGGACUCCUAUGGCUCUCAAGCUGCUACCCAAAGCCAGUACCAAGCUGCAUACCUUCCUGUAUGAGUAUUGCGUGGCACUCUCCCUUGCCACCCACCCUGCCAUCAUCGGCAUGUUUGGAAUUGCCAUCGAGUCCAGUCAGUACUAUGGCUUCCUCUACGAACCAGCACUGCACAAAGAUCUCAUCUCUAUCAUCAAACCCCGGGAUGGGAUCCCUGAGCCAGCCGCUAAGCAGUGUGCCAAGCAGCUCGUGAGCGCGCUGGAGUUCAUCCACAGCCGAGGGCUCGUGUACCGUGACAUCAAGCCUGAGAACGUGCUGCUUUUCGAUCCUGAGUGUCGGCGCAUCAAGCUGACUGACUUCGGGCUUACACGGCCCAAGGGUACCAAGCUCAAGCUGGUGGCCGGGGUAAUCCCCUAUACCGCCCCGGAGCUCAGCAACACCGCUGAUGCCCAGGGGGUGCCCAUUGACACCAGCUUGGACGCCUGGGCCUUCGGCGUGCUGCUCUUCUGCCUGCUGACUGGCUACUUCCCCUGGGAGCAGAGCCUGCCAGAUGACCCUUUCUUUGAGGACUUCAUGCAGUGGCAGGAGACAGGCCUGGAAGAGGACCUGCCCCGCCACUGGAAACGCUUGACAGCAGAGGCUGCCCUGAUGCUGCGGAGCCUGCUAGCCCUAGAUCCUGCCAAGCGUUGCCCUGUCAGUGGGGUGCUGCGCUAUGUCGAUUGCCCUUGGCGGCUGGAGGAUGGCAACAACCAGGAGGCUGCAGUGAAGCCCUAGCGCCUGUCCCCCAUAGGGGCAAGAUGGCAGGUCUCACCUUGCAAGGGACUUCAGAGUGUGAGGCACCAUGGUGGCCUGGGUGUGAGAGGCCAUGGUGAUCCAGAGAGCAACUUCUUUGUUGCUAUGGAGCCGAGCUCCUUCUCUGAUGGUCCUCACCCCAUGGUUCAGUGCUGCCCAGUGCCACCUGCUUGUGCUUCCUUGGGGCUUUAAAAUAUCUUUCUUUUGGAAAUAACUCUCUGCGUGUGAAGCACCCACUCGUUUCCUGGCCACAGGGACUCCAGGGUGUUUUCUAGGUGCUGCAGCACCUGCCUUGUCUCAAAAUAGAGCAAAAUAUGUACUUUUG